AUGUCAGAUAGCUUGUUUGGUUCGAACAUUUUGGAGUCAGAGGAUCCUUGGGCAGAGCCAGGGGCAUUCUCUAGUAACAAACUAAAUUCAAGUGAAUUUAAGCCAGAUUGGCAUCCAAGUGGUACCGCCGACUUGCAAACAGCUGAGGAUCCCUUAGUUGAUCCGUUUAAGCAGGAGGAUGUCUUUAUUAAAUCAACUUUUGAAGAACCUACUAGUAGUAGAUCCAUAGAAGCUGUUAAAUCAGCUGAAAUUGACUCGGAACUGGGCGAAGCAGAUGUUGAAAUUCCCAAUCUUUGGAGUGAUACCGUCCAGGAGUUUAAUCCACUAUCACCACAUAACAACUCCAGCAAUCAUAUGGUCACAGUGAAAGAAAUCCCAGAAAAACAAGGGUUGCUCUUUAAACACAUCAAUUACUUGGUAACUCAUAAUAUCAAAUUUUCUGGUGAAUAUUUAAAGCAUGCUGAGCAAAGUACCCAAAACAAAAAAGGUGAAUUCAAGGUGAUUCGACGAUAUAGUGAUUUCAGUUGGCUAUUGGAAAUCCUCUUGAAAAAAUACCCAUUUAGAAUGAUCCCAGAUCUUCCUCCCAAAAAAUUUAGCAUAGGCGCUACGUCAUCUUCGAACGAUUCUCUGUUUUUACAAAAAAGAAGAAGGGGUUUGCAAAGAUUCCUAAACCAGAUUAUUCAUCAUCCUGUUUUGAUUAAGGAGCCGCUAGUGAUAAUGUUCUUGACUGUGCCUAAUGAUUUUACAAACUGGAAGAAAAUUGCAAACAUUGACACUAGUGACGAGUUUGAAGGAGUUAAAGUAAGAAUUCCUACGCGUUUCAGAUUGACUCUUGACAAACUGUAUCUGAAUGACGAGGCUCAAGAAAGUCAAGAAGAGUAUGAGGAGGAUCGUGCCGGGGCCGCAGCCAAUGAGCAUGCUAUCAAUUUACAGACAACUUUCAAGAAUAUUGAGCACGUUUGGGAAGAGAAUCCAACUAAUUAUCACAAUAAAGACUUCAUGGAUAAUAUCAACCUAAUCACAGUAAACUUGGGCAAAAUACAUGAAAUCUGGACUAAACUUUGUAUUCUCGUUGAAAGGUCUGAAAGAAGAGAGCAUGCUCUAGCUUUGGAUAAAGCUAAGUUUGGUGAUUUUCUGGGAAUUUUCAUCAAACACAACCAUACAGUUUAUGAUUUGAAUAAUCUUGCCAAUCCAAAAAUCAUCAAACAUCAACGUCCGAACGAAGAACAACAGAAUCUGGGAAUCAUAAACAACAUCCUACUUUCAGUGACCAACUUAACCAAAAAAUCAAAAGAACUAAAAGAUGAGGAGGUAAAGAUUAUUGGCUCUGAUAUUUUGGAGUCGGCUCAGAUGUUGACAGGCUAA